UUCUCUUCUUUCAAGAUCUGAUUUUUUUCCUCCAAUUGUAUGAGUAAUUGUUGAGAGUUUGAAUUAUUUUAUAUGUUAGAGGAUAAUGAGUAUUACUCCAGCAAUAUUUCUGCUUUUGAUUAGUAUGUGAAGUACAUUAUGCCUAGAGACAUAGUGGUUCUUAUUGUAGAAUUCUUAUAUUCCUGUAGAUUGAGUUUGAAUAAAUUAUUUUUUUAAUGAAUUCUCCAGGAAUUUGGAAAAUUCGUUUUGUCCGAUAAGUUUAUCCUUCCCUUUAUAACUCUGUUUAAGGCGCUUAAACAUUUAUAGUUUUUAUUGAACAAGGCUAUUAGUCCUUUACAACUGAGUGCACUUUCUCCGCAUGUGUUUCAGCAAGUGAUGUGCUUGGGGUAAUUGAUUGAGUUGGGUUCUGAUCUUUAGAUUAACUUGUAUAUGCAUCUUCUAAUUUAAAAGUGUUAGUUAUUCUGAUGGAUUAUUAUCUAAUAUUUCGCAAUUAGUGUAUUUAAAAUCUGGUCAGAAAACAUGGAUGGCAGAUGAAAAUAUGAAAUCACAGAGAGACACAAUUUUCUAGGGAAUGCCUCUUGUCCAGGUCUCUGAUAAAAUCUUCUGGUUUUGCGAGGGUUGUUUGAUCUAUUUGUUAUGAUGUUGCAGUGUGCUACUUUUCUUGUAUGUUAAUGUCGUUGUAUUACCACCUUUAACAAAAGCAUACAUAUUAUCGAAUUUUGUGAAGGGAAAUAAUUUUUUGAAGUAAAGUUAAAGAGACAUGUGAUUAAACAACAGUAAGCAUAUCAUAGGAGAUUAUUAACAUGGCUUUACAUAUACUUUAAACAUAAACCAACAAAUAAGCUCAAAGAUCUUCUGUAUGUAAUGUUAUGUAGAAUUUUUGAUAUGGUUGUGGCUCGAGGCAAGCAAUCCUACACUGGAAAGAAUUUAUCUGAUUUGGUUAAUUAAGUGUUAUACUGAGCUUUCCUUGCAUUUCUUGUAGUUUUAUACAAAUGUAUUAGGAGAGAUCUUCGAUUCAAUUGAUGGUACCAUAUGUUGGUGUAAAUGGAUUUGGUAAGUUAUUGAGUUGAAUUCCUUUAUAAUACAACACUACUACAAAAUGCGUGCUUUCUCGACGCGAUGGGGUCGACGCUGUGGGAAACCGCUUGGAAGGAAAAGCAGUCCGCGUGUUUUGUCGACGGUUUAUAUCGUUGAAACAAUUUGUCUACUUAUAACAGCGUCGACAAUUCCCCAUGUGCUCCACACGUGACCUGAACAGUUCGUGACUACAACUUUUGGGGGAAAAGAACGCCCCUCGUUUCCACAGCCGCAUUAAACCUUCUCUCUCAUCAGUUCUCAAAUCAUCCCAACCCUAAAAUCAGUUCUCAUUAUUUUUCUUCUAAUUUUCAGGAUCUGAGAGUUAAUUUCUUGCUCGAAUAAUGUAUGAAGUAUCUUCAAGUUUUUAUCUUUCAUCUGAAGUUCUCAAUUUCUAGGGUCUGUUCAAGGAUUCACAAGUUUGGCCACCAACUUUCUCGCCAAUUACAGUUUGAAUUUAUCGAAAGGAGAUGCUUUUUCUCCGACUUCUUCAGAUCGGCAGCAGAUAUGACGAACUUUUCUUUCUAUUCUCGUGUAGUUGUGUUUGGUGCUGUUUUCAGCUGCACAGGUGUUGCUUCUUGCUGUUGCAGGGUGUGGGUUGUGCUCCUGAUGUGUGCAGGCUGUUCUGCAGGGAGUCCAGGUGUUGCAGUCAGGUCUACAGGGAGUGUGGUGUUCGAUUGCUGCUGUGUGCAAUCUUAUGUUGCGUACCCUUUUAUUGCGUUUGUUGUGUUUGGUUGUUAGGGAGUGGUCUGUACUCCUCUAACUUUUUCUGCUGUUUCGUUGUUUAGAUACUUUUGUUCAUACCUUUUGGUAUUAAAUUUGUGUUUUGGAGAUAUAUAGCUAGCUAAUUUAAUAGUUUGGACAUGUGUAAACUUAAUUUGAUGAUAUGAUAUGAGGAUUUGGAGCGAGCUAAUA